UAAGUGUGUGCUCAGUCAAAGUCAUUGAUCCCAGCAUCAGGCAGCACAUCUGAUCUCUCCACAGGGUCACCACUUUCUCAGAUCCACACAGAGCUCAGUCAGUCUCCCUCCAUCUCCCCCCAGUCCUCCACCUGUUCCCCUGAGAUCUAACUAUUGUCCCCCAGGCAUUAAUGACAGCAUGUUGCUGCUCCACAUGUCUCAUUGUCUCACAGAGCUCUCUGAUUGGCUCACACUGUGGGAAACCUCAACCAGACCAAGACCCACACAUUCAUAUGGAGAUGUGGGACUAUAAAUAGGAGGGAUGAAACCAGCACACAUCACAUUCUCUCUACACAGACCUCUACAGCUCACACAUCCAACCAUGGCAUCUGCAAUCACUGCAGCAAUGACCAAUUCUCAGGAACAUCUGACUCUGACCCACAAGCUCAGAAAACCUCUGGUGGAGAAGCUCCGCAGAGAGCGAAUCAACAGCAGCAUUGAGCAGCUCAAGUCUCUCCUGGGUCCAGAGUUCCUCAAACAGCAGCCAGACUCCAAGAUGGAGAAAGCAGACAUCCUGGAGAUGACAGUUUGUGUCCUGACACACAUGCAGCAGCAGAACCAACAGCAGAGAACACUGCUCAAGAACAUCAACAAGCUGCAGCCGUCCUCUGAAAACAACCUGACAGAGGCUGACUUCUCUCCUCUCAGCUCCACAGUCCAGAGCAGCAUCACCAAAGACAAGAGUCCAGUCAACAGCGCCCUCUGGAGGCCGUGGUAGACACCUGCACACUGGACUUAUUACCAGACAGCAUCUAAUGACCACAUUGGUCAAAGAUUACUGGACUGAAUUCUAUGAAAUUCAUGAACUUGUUCUUCUCUAUGUACAGAAGGUUGAUUUGUUCUUUGUGCAAGAUAAUAUUUCCUGAGGAAACGACAGCAACAAUAUCUUUCAAGUUGAGAAAGUAAACAUCUUGUCAUGCAGCAGACAAGCUGAAUAGACCACAUUGGUCUUCUCCAUGUACAGAAGCUUUUAUAUAUUUGCUUUGUUAUUUGUGCAAGACAUUUCCUGAGGAAACGACAGCAACAAUAUAUUUCAAGUUAAGAAAGAAAAAACAGAGAGAGUAAACAUCUCUUCAUGCAUGUUGCAUGAACCUAAUCUGAUUGCAUCUGCAAUUAUGUUUUAGUUCUUACUGUACUUCAUGUACUGAUAAUUUAAUGGAAACGUUUGUUCCCAUUUGAUUUGUUAUUGAUCUUUUUGAUCUUUUGUUUGAAUAUUUUGUCAUUCUACACUGUUGUGUGUGUCAUUCCUCAAAAGUGAUGUGUUUUAACAUCCAAAUGUUUAUUCUUUUUUUUGUAAAGUUUUGUUUAAUACUCUGUCCCUGUUUUCCAGUGGCCCUCAUGUUUUCUUUGAUGAACAUUCAUGUAUUUAGUGGUUGUUCAGCUGCUGUCAUCACCCUGUGAUAAAAACCUCUGAUCUGUUUAAAGAUCAUUUUUUGCUGCUUUUGUUUUUUUAGAGCAAAUGUACUGACCUUUUGUCUUUAUAAGACAGCUGCUCUUUUACUCUUUGUGAAAACAGCGAGUCUUGUACAAAUCUACAAGUUGUGCUGAUGUACUGUCACCCCUGCUUGAUGUGGAUCAUAACAUUUUGUUGAAUAAACAAAAAUUUACAGUUUGA